GGGCGGGAACGGAUGUUUGUUUCAGUUGGGUUUGUUUGCGUUGUCUUGAUUCUAAUGGACGGGAAGAGAGGAAAGGAAGAUGGCAGGAGAGAAGAAAGGGAUGGGUUCGACAUGUGGGAAGUGGAGUCUGAUGCAGAUGCACAAAGCGCUGGUCUGAUCUCGGUGGAAGGAGGUACGACGUGCUGGGCAGCAAUGGUGACCAGGUUGGAGGAGUCGAUAGCUGCGAUCUGGCAAGUAGCUGAGAAAAUCACUGCUUCGACUUGGAAAUGGAGGAACCAUUGUGUUCGGCGCUGCUCGUUCGCCAGAGCGGGCACAAUGUGCUUUGUUGUACGCAUCGCGGUGCUGUCGUUACACGACUCACGGCAAGGCCGGGAAGUAGUUCACUCCAAAAGCGAUGGGGCUGAAUCGCCUUGCAUCAACCAAUUGGCUGCUCCCUGUCUCGACAUGCACGUUCGAACGCUGGAAAUAUCGAGCAGGGCAGGCGUGGAGCCCAGGUCCAUCGGGUGCGGAGCAAGGUCCGGAGGGUCGAACGUUGACUAAGCAGCCUCGCGUG